UCAUCUUUCAGUAGCUGUCGACCGUCGUCGUCCGUCUUGUUUCUCUCUUGCCUGUUUAGUUACUUGUAAUAAUAUUCAUUAUAGUUGUUAAAUAUGUCAAAAGCAAUAACUAUUCCUUAUAGAUAUCUAAAUUUUAACGAUAAAGUGAAGAUAUUGUACAAGAAAUCUUUAAGGAACCUAGAAGACUGGAUACAUGACAGGGCCGACUUCAGAGUUGAAGCUGUUAAAACCAGAGCAAAAUUUGACGAAAUUAUAAAUUGCAAAGAUUCUGUAAGAGCCAAUUUACUGUUGGAUGAGGCUGACAAAGAACUUUUCCAGAACAGUCACUAUCAGCCAAAAAAAUUCCCGGACUCUGUUGGCGGAUGUGCCUACAACAGGUACGUGCCCACCCCGGAUUGGGUCCUGGACUACUGGCAUCCACUAGAGAAGGCUCAGUAUCCCGAAUACUUCGCUCGCAGAGAACAGCGCAAGAAGGAGUACAUAGAAUGGUGGGAGAAGACUUACGGCAAACCUUCACUGGACGAUCACCACUAAAUACUCAUAGUUCUUAGUAGUCAAUUUUUUUAAACAUUCUCAGCUACAUGGGGCAGUUUUUGUAAAAUCAAAAUUAUAUCUUGACAAUGUACAUUUUGAAACAUUAAUUUAUUGAGGAAGGUUAUUGGUUGAUUGUAAUUUUAAUGGAAGAAAAGAUUAAAACCCAUGUAGUUGCAAAUGUUCGUAACAAAAAAUAAUUAUAAUUAUCCAAUAAAGGCUUUGUUUCUGUUA